AUGGAAUCUGAGACGAUUGUCGAAGAAACUCUAUUCUCGGACAUGGAUGUGUGCGAAUCAGAGCCGAUUCCGUCGUACUCCGAAGUGGCGUCGUGGUUGCUGCCGGACUCCAAAGUUGCCCGCCUCCCUCUCUCUGAAUCUCAGCCGAUUCCUUCGGGAUCCGAAGCGGCGCCGUGGUUGCUGCCGGACUCCGAAGCUGCUUGCCUCCCUCUCUCUGAAUCUGAGGCGAUUCCUCCGGGAUCCGAAACGGCGCCGUGGUUGCUACCGGACUCUGAAGCUGCUCGCCUCCCUCUCUCUGAAUCUCAGCCGAUUCUUCCGGGAUUCGAAGCGGCGCCGUGGUUGCUGCUGGACUCUGAAGCUGCUCGCCUCCCUCUCUCUAAAUCUGAGCCGAUUCCUUCGGGAUCCAAAGUGGCGCCGUGGUUGCUGCCGGACUCCGAAGCUGCUCGCCUCCCUCUCUCUGAAUCUCAGCCGAUUCCUCUGGGAUCCGAAGCGGCGCAGUGGUUGCUACCGGACUUCGAAGCUGCUCACCUCUCUCUCUCUGAAUUUGAGCCGAUUCCUUUGGGAUCCGAAGCGGCGCCAUGGUUGCUGCCGGACUCCGAAAAGGCGAAACGCAUCUCCGACCUCAGAGAGACUUUCAGACGCGAAAGGGAGGAAGACAAGAGAAUCUUCGAUCUCAGAGAGACUUUCAGACGCGAAAGAGAGGCGACUAAAGCUAAGCAAAAUAGGUGA